UGACCUCUGCCAGUCAUGCAAUGGGGUGGUGCCCACACUUGCUAGAGAGGUGCGGAGCAAUUCGGCUUUACUUCCUGGGAGGUAAACAAGCGGAUUUAAACCUCUUAAAGGACUUCCAGGUUUGGCGGAGUUGGGUGGUUAACGGUUUUGUCGUUCGAAGGAUGAUACUCAGAAUGGCUUCACUGCGGGGUCUGAGGCAAUGCCACCCCACAGGCUUUACAAUCUCCCAUCUACACACCAGCAGCCGGGCCUCUGCCAAGCAGCAUUACAAGAUGCUAGUCCUUGGAGGAGGAAGUGGAGGAAUCACGAUGAGUGCACGGAUGAAGAGACUGGUUGGAGCGGAGAAUGUGGCAGUCGUGGAGCCGUCAGAGAUGCACUACUACCAGCCAAUAUGGACUUUGGUUGGUGCUGGCGCUAAAACUGCAGCCUCGUCAGCUCGUACCACUGCAAGUGUCAUGCCAUCUGGUGUGAAGUGGGUGAAAUCCAAGGUUCAGGAAAUAAACCCGGACAAAAACACAGUCCGUACGGAUGAUGGGACAGAGAUCUCCUAUGAAUAUCUGAUUGUGGCUCUUGGUAUUCAACUCCAUUAUGAGUGGAUUAAAGGGCUGCCAGAGGCUUUUGAGCAUCCAAAAAUCGGAUCGAACUAUUCUAUCAAAACCGUGGAGAAAACAUGGAAGGCUCUGCAGGACUUCAAAGAGGGCAAUGCUGUGUUCACGUUCCCAAACACUCCUGUGAAGUGUGCUGGAGCUCCACAAAAGAUCAUGUACUUAUCAGAUGCUUAUCUCAGAAAGACAGGAAAAAGAGCAAAGGCCAACAUAUUAUACAACACAUCGCUACCUGUGCUCUUCGGGAUCAAGAAAUAUGCUGACACGCUGUGGGACAUUGUGAAAAAUCGAGAUCUACAAGUGAACCUUCGCCAAAAUCUUAUUGAAGUGCGGGCCGACAAGCAAGAAGCUGUGUUUGAAAAUCUCGACAAACCAGGAGAAACCAAAGUGUUUGAGUAUGAAAUGCUUCAUGUCACUCCACCAAUGGGGCCUAGUUUGGUCAUUAAAGGUGGCCCACUGGCCAACGAGGCUGGAUGGUUGGAUCUCAACAAAGAUACCCUUCAGCAUAACAGAUAUCCAAACGUGUUUGGGAUUGGAGAUUGCACCAGCCUUCCUACGGCCAAAACCGGUGCAGCUGUUGCUGCACAGUCUGCAAUAUUGAACAGAACCAUCAGCAAAUUAUUGAAAAAUCAGAAGCCAGAUAAGAAGUAUGAUGGAUACACCUCCUGUCCGUUGGUCACAAGCUACAACACGGUGGUUCUGGCAGAGUUUGAUUACAACGGGCAGCCACUGGAAACGUUCCCAAUCAACCAGGCCAAAGAAAGAAGAUUAAUGUACUACAUGAAGGCUGAUGUGAUGCCUCAUCUCUACUGGUACGGUCUUCUGAGGGGUCUGUGGGGCGGACCAGGACCAUACCGGAAACUCUUUCACCUUGGGAUGAAAUAAAACUUCAUCACAAAAUUUACAGAAAAUAAAACUGUGACUAAAAUUCAUCAUGUUUCUGAAAGGACGGACACACACACACACACACACACACGCAUGCACGCACGCACGCACGCACACACACACACACACACACACACACCUCAUAGAUGUGGUCAUCUACUACAAAGAGCUGCUUUUGAUGUAACAAGGGGAAUAAAUCACUAUGAUGUUGGUCAUUUCUGGACGCUAACAGGUAAAACUUCUGGCUCUUUUGUCGGCUUGUUCAUUCUGAUGUAGCUUUCAGUUUUUGCCAAAAACUCCAGGGGAAAACAAAGUUUAUUCCAUUUCUGACUUCUGGGUGUAAAAACAUGUUACAAUGAUCCAGGUGUUCCCUGUAAACUGACACUUUAUGAAGUUUAUGAGUGCCAUAUAUUUUAUAUUAAAAUUAUUGUAAAAUAAAAAAUGAUGCAUUCAGAUUUAGUGUUGAUUAUAACUAUUAAAACAUUUUCCAACAGUUUUGAGGCUACUUUGACUAUUAAUGUAAAAUGCCACAAGUGCUUUUUCUUUAAUUUAUAUGUCCGUGCCCAACAUCAUGUUUCUACAUAAUUUUUUUUCUCUUCAUACUAAACUGGGUUUAUAAACAUCUCAAUGGUUCUAAGCCUGUGCUAAAAUGCUUUUUAAUGAACAGAUUUGUUUACUCUUGAAUCAAUAAAAAGGUGAAAGUUUUAUAAAA